CACAGUUUCAAUCACACAAGGGUUAGGGUUUUAGAGUUCGCAAAACCCUACUCCGAUCCCAAACGAUUCCGAUCACGAAAAUGGCAUCCGCCGCCGCCAGAUCGGCAUUCCGAUCAUGCUCCUCUGUACGAUCAGCGUUUCGCGCCGCAUCGGAAGCCAAACCGGCUCGUUCUCCGUUCCGCAUGGCGUCCAAUAAACCUCUCUCGCAGUCCCAAUCCACUCUUAGGUUUCCCGUUGAAUUGAGCUCGUGUGUGGAAUCAAUGAUGCCGUACCACACGGCCACUGCUUCGGCUCUCAUGAAUUCCAUGCUCUCCAUUUCAAGCCGCACGUGCGCUUGGCUUCCCGAAGGUAGCUAGCAUCUCUAGGAUUCCUUGAUGUUCUUCAAUUAAUUUUCGGGCCAAAAACAGACUACUUGAAGAUCGGGAAGCAUAAAUGGGAUUGCAGGGACUUUCUAUGAUAUGAUGUUCAGCUUUAAACAAGAUUUUGUAGUUACUCGGAAUAAUUUGUAUGCAUCUAUAAAAUUUUUUUUGACAGAAUUUGGAGCACGUUUGUGUGCUCCUUGAUUUGUUGUAUGUCUUUAUGCAGAACAUUUUUUUUAUUUUAUUUUACAAUGCGGUUGUAGUUCUCUUUAUUUACGAACCAUAUUGCCCAAUGUUUAUCCCUAUUGAAAGCAUUUAUCACUUGUUAGGGAAUUUGAAAGGGAACAAUAGCUUAGUUUUCUUGUGGGUCUUUAUUUUACAUAAAAACAUCUCAAUGUACAAGAAAUUAUUGAUGGAAAGAUUGAGAUAAAAUGCUCCUCCACUCUUGUAAGGGAUUUUGUAGAAUUCAAUUUAUUAGCCCAUUCAUUCUACAAUUACUUAAUUGGAGACUUGGAGUAUUGUAUA